AUGAUGAGCCAGGUGCACCUCAGCCAGGCCCUACCCCAGCUAGACCUGGCUCCAGGAGGUUUGGGAGAACCAGUGCAAGAGUUUGACAUUGAACUUGUCGCUCAAAUUGUGGGCGUCCUCGAUGGCGAUAAUGAGGUUUUCGGUGAACAUGAUAGAAGAUAUAUCCGCUUUAUCUAUCGUAUCCUUCGCGCCCUAAACCCCAAUGUCAGCGACGAAGAAGACAGGCGCCAUAGUCUUCUUAACCUGCUCUGUGCCAUGGUCUACUAUUCGAGUGUCUGCUGA